UCAUCGUCAAAUGUCUCGCGACGGUUCUGUUUUGUUUGCUCUAUCGAAAAUCGUUCGAUAAGUGGUGAAAAACCUGUCAUAUUCCCGUAGUUUUCCCACGGAAAUGUGCGGAAAAGUGCAGUGCGUGUGCGGAAUAUAAAAUCAACGGGAAGAUUUCGUGAGAAGUACGUGAAAAUAGCAAAUAACCCAAACCUUUCCUUCUGGGUCUGGAUCGGCCGUGUUGUUUUGUCGAGUUCGUUCGAGUAUCAUCGAAAGACAGUGCCAGAGUUGUUGGUUGGAAGAUUGUGUUUGUGUUGUGUUGAGUGCGCGUACGCGCAAAAAGGAGGAAAACCUGUAAGCAACAACAACAACAACUACAACAGAAACAGAAGAGCAACCCGAGAAAGGGGAGUACGGGAGAACACACGAUUAGGGAGUAGUAGUUGGCCGAGCGUUUUAUUUUCGCUGCUGGUAGUCAUUGGAGAAGAACACAGCGUAUCUGAAAAGAACGAGCGGUUGGCUGGGCAGUGGUUGGUGUUCUUGUUUUAAAUUUGGCGAACGACGUGCGAAAAAACGACGGGAAGAUCAAGGUGAAAUACCACCUAAACAGACACAAAAUGGAGAUACCCGAUGAUCGUGUUUAUGCCGCUGAGCGGAUUAUGAAGAAACGUGUUCGAGCGGGCAAAGUCGAGUACCUGGUCAAGUGGAAAGGAUGGAGCACCCGGCACAACACCUGGGAACCGGAGGAGAACAUUCUCGACGAACGGCUGAUCGACAUAUUCGAACGAUCGCUGCGAGGUAGUUCGACGCCGAAGCGCAAGAAGAAGCCAAUCAUCGAGGAUUCCGAUGAGGAUGAUGUUCCGGUUCCUGCACCCGUUCCGUCGGCAGCGCCGGUCGCUAGCACUCCUGAACCUGCAUCGGAACCGGAGAUACCACCCAUCAAGGAAACGAUCAAGAAGGAGAAAGAGGACAAGCUGCACAUCAAGAAGGAAAAGGAUUCCGGGGACAGCGCCAAGCCGUUGUCGGCUGCUGCAGCAUCCAAGUCAACCUCAAGCAAUGAACAUCUCAGCACCCCUAAGGAUAAGUCCGCCACCAGUAGUGAGGCAGCUGGUACUUCCUCCGGAGGAAAAUAUUCCUCGCCUGGUUUGAAGAUAUCCAUCUCCGGCCAGAACAAUGAAAAUGACACGGCGUCCAAUAGCAGCGACGAUCAGCCGUUGAGUCACAAAGACUUGGCUGGUACCAAGCGGAAGGCCGAAGUGCUAUCCAAAGAGGGUAAAGUUGGCGUCACUAUCAAAACCUCCCCGGACGAAAGCCCUGCAGCCAAAAAUCAACGGCUAGAGGCCCCCUCAAUGGUCACGCCGCUGACAUCCGGUCCAAAGUCGGACCUCAAACCAGUGGCUCCCCUCUCGCCCGAUACACCUGCAUCACGACCAGAAUCAAACAUUCCACUGGUGGACAAAUCGGCCGCUGCGGGAGUGGCAAACAACGUUCCUCCGGAGGAUAAGGCACCCAAGAAACCCAUCUCUAACGAUUUUCCACCAGUUAGCAAUAACAACACGAUAAACAAGCAUCAGCAUCUGACGCUAUCGCCUCGCGCCGCACCCCCACAGCUGUGGCUUCCGAGGUCACAGCCCACCAAUCAGGUUUUCAUCACCGACGUCACGGUUAACCUGGAAACGGUCACCAUUCGGGAGUGCAAAACCGAGCGGGGAUUCUUUAAAGCGCGAGACCUGAAGAGUGACAUUGUCAACUAAAACCUGCCGGGCAAUCCGGGACAUUUCUCGUAAAUUUGCUUCGCAAUCUUGCAGCGAAGGGACCUGACUUUAAAUUGUAAAUAGCUUUUUACAUCGCCGCCACUCUGCUGGAAGGACUGUAUUUUGUGUCCCACUACGUGUGUACAGAGAAAAGCGUGUUGAGCGAUCUGGGUAGACCCAGAUAAACAGAAGGCAAAACUUGAAUCAAAGCGCUUACAUCAAGAUAAAGGAUCUAGUGAUAGUGAUACAAAUCAGUAACAUCAAAAACUAUAAACAUUAAACUAACUUGCAGUUACUGGUAACAAACAAGCAACAAGAAAGCUAAUGAUAUUGAAUAUAAAUGUUUAGUUUGUAGUUGACUUCAGAACGAUGAACCUUCUUGGGCUCUCAGACAUGGGCAGAGAAUUUUAGGAUACAUGUUGUUUUAAUAUCCCGGCCAAGCAAAACAAGAAUGAUUCCAGAACUGAUAAUUAUUUGCAUAACGGUUGAGCUUUUCUAAAAAGAUGAAAAAUAUUCGUUUUAAGUUGUCGCAUUAGAGAUUAGGUUCCCCGAAAGCCAGGAAUAUUUUAUUUAUUCUGCAGCAACAGAUGUCUCUUUUAGGUUUUAAGAUUUUUUUUUGGUCUCUUAAUAGAUAUCGACAUGCGGAUUAGUUUUUAGCCAUAAGUUUUAGAUUGUACGUUCUUCAAACCCACACACAUACACAUAACUACUGUUGCAAAUUCCAGUCUAGUGUAGGCGGAGCGCACCGAGAAUGAGACGCGCUGAGAUAGAAUCAAACGGCUUCUCGAAAUACACUUGUGUAAUUCUCGUUAAUUAUUGACUAAAUUAUUCUUCUGACCAAAAAUGAAUUUCUAGUUUCUAUAUUUCUUAUUUAUUGUCAAACGAAAAAAGUUUAAUUUUAGGAAGUUCUUCAAAAGAAUCUACUUUUGGGUCAUGAUGAAACAAACAAAAAUCACGGAUCACUAAAACAAAAAACCGUAUACAGGCACAACUAAAUACCUACCUAUACCAACCAAUAGAGAAAACAGAAGCAAAACAAACAACAAAAGCAAGAAAAAACAGUAUGCAUUCAUUCUACUUACUAGCAAUUGUAUGUAUUUUCUCCUAGUUUAUAGAGGUAUUGUUACAACAGUAUAACAACAAAACAACAAUAAAGCAGGAACAUAAGUAUUUGAA